CGCACCACACAAGACAUAAUAUCUCUUCUCAUUGGAGCUCUCUCUCCCAACCUCUCUCAACGCGCCGCUGUGGGGAGCGAGCACGGCGGGGGCGCAUCUGGAUGAUGAGGAGUACAGUCGGAUGUUCCAGGGCGAGCUCGGGCCGAGGCAGUACGGACUCGGGCCGAAGGCGUCUCGUGACGGCGCUGUCGUGAUCAUGACGUGUGACAAUCUCGUCGAGAUACUUAUGGACGCAGCUAGCGUGGAAGCUGCCCUUACCGAAUGCCUCGAACAUGAUGCCGUCCGUGGCCACGACUGGCUCGGCGAUGCCGUCCAGCUGGUCGCGCGCAGAGAGCUCCCGCGCGGCGAGGAGGAUCUCGUUGAAGCGGCCGAGGCGUGCGUACGCCGGGAGGAGGCGCGGCGCAGCGCGGGGAGGCACGGCGCGGUGGAACUGUGCACGAGCUGCGCCCAAAUGGACUGCGCCUCCGCGAAGUCCCCGGCCUCGGCGCGCGCGACCGUGAGGGCCGCGGCGUCGGCAUCCGGUGCGGUGGCUCAUAGACGGGGCACGGCAGCGGCGCACCGCCGAGGCGUCUGCGCGUGCGUCGAGACAAGGCUGAGGUCAGUCCACGAAACGAAGGUCGCUGCACAGAUACGAGGAAGCGAGGGAGCAGGCAGACCUGAAGAACCGAGGAGGAUGGCAAGGCGAGCGGCGCGGGGUGGAGCCUUGGAAGACGACGGCGAGCGGAGGGGAGAGCGGGAGAGGCGGUCCGAGGCAGCGGCCGCCAUGGUGGAAGCAGGAGCGAACGCAUCUCAUCGGAAUAGGCAAAGGGCCUGCCUUGGUGGUGACCUCGCUGUCCACCCAUCUUGAGAACUUGGAUUUCAAGAUCAGCUCCAGUGCUCAUCUCCCUCUUUAAUGAAUACCAUGAUGCAAUCACGAUAAAUAAGACCACCCCGGUUUUGAGA